ACACAUUAUUCGAACCUUCCUUCUAGUUUAUAAAACUUUGGCGUGGUUGGAAAACAAGUGUUGCAUAAUAGAAGUGAAAAAAUAAAUGGAUGUGGCUAAGGUAAAGGUACAUCAUCAACAUGGCUCUGCGGAUAACAAGGAUGAAGAAGUUGUGCUUCCUGGGUUUAGAUUCCACCCCACAGAUGAAGAGCUUGUCGGGUUUUAUCUUCAAAGAAAGGUGGAAAAGAAACCUCUUCGAAUUGAACUCAUCAAACAGGUUGAUAUCUACAAAUAUGAUCCAUGGGAUCUUCCAAAAGUGAAUUCCUUUGGGGACAAAGAGUGGUAUUUUUUUUGCAUAAGGGGGAGAAAGUACAGGAACAGUGUAAGGCCAAACAGGGUAACAAGGUCUGGGUUCUGGAAAGCCACAGGAAUUGACAAGUCCAUAUAUUGUGUGAAAGAACCACAUGAAUGCAUUGGCCUCAAGAAGUCUUUGGUUUACUACCGUGGAAGUGCUGGGAAAGGCACCAAAACUGACUGGAUGAUGCAUGAGUUUCGCCUUCCACCCAAUGCAAAUUCCAACAACAAUAAUCCACUUCCUAAUGCUACCAAUGACCUUCAAGAAGCUGAGGUGUGGACACUAUGCAGGAUAUUCAAACGCACCCCAUCCUACAAAAAGUACACUCCAAAUUUGAAAGAUUCUACACCAGUCACCAAACCAAACCCAUGCACCUUAGAUUCUGACAAUUGCAAGCCAUAUUUGAUUUGUAGAGACCCAUUAGUGAUGCAACAAAUUGAAAGGAAACCGGUUAUUGGACAGGUUGAUGACAAUAAUAAACACUUAUUUUUAGGUCAGUUUGGUUCAGUACCUCAUCAUCAGGCUCCAUCAAAUAUGCCUUACCCCAGUUUGUGGAAUCAGAAUGUUGAAGAUUAUGCAUUUGCCAAUGAGAAUUGGGAUGAGCUAAGAUCUGUGGUUCAGUUUGCUAUUGAUCCAUCCACAGUCUUUGAUUGUACAGAAACAUAUGUACCACCCUACUUUUCUUAGGUUGGAGUGAGUAGCUUCGGUAUAUAGAUGUUACAUAUAUAUAUAUAUAUAUUGUAUGAACAUAUACAGGUUACAGUUGUCAUCAUUCUGACUUUUUUUUCUUGAAUGUAUACGUAUAUGCAGAACUUUGCUGGUUUUACUAUGUUUUGUUGUAAAACCUAAACUUGACUAGUAUCUUGUCAUUUAUAUCCCUUUCCCAUUGAGUAUUGGUUCAAUAAAACGUUGCCUUGAUUUAUUAAUUUAU